UCGUCAACGCCAAUACGACGACGCGUUUGCGGGGCAACCCAACCGGGGGUUCGCGAUAUUUAUCCCUGCGAGGGGGACGCUGCGGGACUCGGUGAAAGGUUUCGAAUGCCGAGACGCGGUGAUUGAAGAGGCGCCUUCGAGGAAGGUGGACGAGGAUGAUACCGAGUCGAAUUUCCCCUGCGCGUACUCGGGAGGAUGUAACUCGCUGCUGAGCGAGGGGUCCAUCCGCGUUUGCUCCCGGAGCUGCGGUCGAACCGCUGCGCAGGCAAUGGACGGCAACUCGUGCCUGCCUCUCGCCGUGUCGUAGUAGUCACGGUUUGUGCUUGCACCCGCGUCGUGCCGCCUCUUAACGGCGCCUCGCGUUCCGUGUUUAUCGUUAUUCGGUCCGAUGUGUGCGUGAGCUGCGACGUAUCUCGAGUGCGGACGGUUACGAACGAGAUUACGAGACACGUGUGAUGACCGCAAAGCUUUUCCGUUUGCUUUUCGCCACCGACGGCGAAGCAGAGGGAAAUCGAAAAGCUUCUCGUCUAGAGUUCGCUAUUCCGUAUAUGUGUAAUAAAGACAAUCUUCCAACAAUGCAGUUCUGUUGAAAGUGGUCCUCUGUAAACUAGACCGUUGUUAUACACGCGUCGCAUGCGUGUGCAACAACUCUUGCUUCCGAUAAAUUAUCUCCGUGUUGUCCGUCGAUCGGAUCGCCCUAAAAGCUGUCCAUAAUAUGACCUUCUCGUUGACGUGUUUGUGGUUCCGCGUAUUACGGCUAAAGGAUGUAUGUAUUAUCUAUCACGGUUGACUGCGUCGAAAAUGCAAACUGCCUUUUCUCUUUGGGUGUGAAGCAGCCAAAGACCACCGUCAUCAGAUUUACCCGAAGGAUUUUCGCCUGAAGACACGUGCUUUUCUACCUUCGACAAUCAUUUCUGUGUUCCUUAAAUUUAAACUUUAAUACAUGAAAGGAUAGUUACCAGUGGCUUCUGACUCUGUUGGUUGUUAUUAUAUGCUUGUUCGUCGUUGUGUCUGAAUUAUUGUACAGGUGAACGUCAAAAAAAAAAAAACAAACUUGUCGGACAAUGUUUAAGCAAAGGUUGUUGUUGUGCCAAUUUAUUUGUACUUACUAAGUCUAAAGGACGUUAAUGAAUAACCCUAUGGUUGAAAAAUAAAAAAAAAAUUUAAUAUCAUCACUAAUCGUUGUACAAAAUAAUAUCACGACUAUAAUAUUGCCACGAAUGAAGUAAUAAAAUACAGAAGUUCCAUUGAAACAUAUGCCAUACUUCGGGAUAAUAGUAAAAAAGAGAACCAGUUGAAAUAAAAUUAAUAUUCAAAUGCGAAUGGAGUGCGUCUGCGAUAGAAAUUUUCUGGUACUCACAAUAUGGACUGCGAGUUAUAUCAACGAUUGAAUGUUACACCGAAUGUCGAAUACAGUCUAGAUUGCAUUUGUCAACCACUCGUGAAUUUAAAUCAGCAAGCCUUGUCACCCACGCCCGAAUAGAGAACUCUUGGUGGAAUUGACAAAUUGAGAGUGCGGCAACGAACUCAUACUUGGCAUUCGUGAUUGAGCUCGUCGAAAAUUGUCAUCAGCUCGGGUGAAAAUAUUUCUUCAACCUCAGGAACACCCGGAGUUCUAUAGACCCAAGAGAGCACCGAGGGUGAGAAUUCAACGUCAGUUGAAUUGGUCAGUAGACGAACGAGUAGGAUUAAAACGAGACGUUCGACAAAAGUUUGAGGAAUAAAUUUUGAAUAUCGAAAUAGCGUCCCGUGAAUGUCCCUAUAAUCCACACGAAAAUCAACGCCGAUUCUCGUCGGGGCGACGCGACGACACGCAACAGGGUAAAACCGCAGUGUUGCGAUAAUCCGCGAAUCGAGUGGCCGCGUUUCCCUGUCUUUCGAGGCCACGUAGUGCCAGGGUGUCGCCGUGGGGGGCGCGUGGUCCAGCUGCCUGCCGUGUGCCGGCGGCGGCACGGGUGCGGCCGGCGGGGCAGGUGCUGGUAAAGAGGCGGUCAGCGACCAGACAAGCGGCCCCUGCGAGGCGAAGAAGGGAUCCUUUCAGAGGAAGCAGCCCCAGAUCAUUCCCGAAGUCGACGCCGAGGAGCGCGCCCCUCUUGGUGAUCUCGAAGAGGAUGACCUCGACGACCUAGAGGACGAGCCCGAGGGAAGCCGGAAGGGGGACGGGGCUAGAGACGGCGGAACGCAGCACCGUCUCAGCCCUCGCCUUCACGACAUCGAGGAGGAGGACGAUGAGGAGGGUCGCACCAUCGGGGAAAGGCCGUACCAGAAGAAGUCACCGACACCCAGCAGCGGCGGUGGCGGCAGCAGAUCGGGGUGGCGUGCUCGCAGGAGCGUCACAACGUCGGGCGCCCCUCCUGGACACCAGCACCCCGUGAUUGCCACAGCAGCCGCAACGGCGCAGGCCAGGAUGCAGGCUGAACAAGGCAGCAUCGGGGAGCUACGCGGGUAUCAUAAUCUUCGCUCCAGGAGACACACUCUGGCCAACGUUCGUUUUGACGUGGAAAAUGGCGCCUCACCGUUGGACGGCGGUGCAGGGGGUGGCGGGGGUGCGUCCCCGAGUGCGGGGCUGGUCCUCCAAACGCUACCCCAGAGGAGAGAAAGUUUUCUCUACCGAAGUGACAGCGACUUUGAGAUGUCGCCGAAGUCGAUGUCGAGGAACAGCUCGAUCGCAAGCGAGAGGUUCAAAGAGACAGAGCCGCCUGUCGAGCGCGCGAUAUUUACCGAUCAGUACAGUCAUGGGGAGGAUCUCAUCGUCACACCUUUUGCACAAAUUCUUGCCUCGCUGCGUUCAGUCAGGAACAACUUCUUGUCCCUCACGAAUGUACCAACAAACAAAUCACGAAGGAGUAGCGGGGCUCAGGGCGGUAGCACGCCACAGCCGCGGAACCUGGCGCCAGGAGACGAACCCUACAUGAAAUUGGCUGUCGAGACGAUAGAAGAACUCGACUGGUGUUUGGAUCAGCUUGAAACUAUACAAACCCAUCGCUCCGUAUCGGACAUGGCGUCUCUCAAGUUCAAGAGGAUGCUGAACAAGGAGUUGUCACAUUUUUCGGAAUCUUCAAAGUCCGGAAAUCAAAUUUCCGAAUACAUCUGCUCCACCUUCUUAGACAAGCAGCAGGAGCUGGACCUCCCGUCUUUGCGAAUCGAAGAUGCGGUCGCAGCCACAGCAAACGUCGAUGUCCGAGCCGUCAAGAAGAAGGAUCGCGUCCAGAGGGGACCGGCGGCAAUGUCACACAUCAGCGGCGUAAAGAGACCGCUGACACACACAAACAGCUUUACCGGGGAGCGCGUCCCCCUUCACGGCGUCGAGACGCCCCACGAGGAGCAGCUUGGAAAGCUACUAUCCGACAUCGACAAGUGGGGCAUUGACAUCUUCAGGAUAGGCGAACUCAGCAACAACCGUCCCUUAACCUGCGUAGCCUACACCGCUUUCCAAAGCCGUGAUUUGCUCAAAUCCCUCGCCAUACCCCCCAAGACGUUCGUCACAUUCAUGAUGACGCUUGAGGACCACUACGUGAAGGACAAUCCCUUCCAUAACAGCCUCCAUGCAGCCGAUGUCACUCAAUCCACCCACACUUUACUCAACACACCGGCGCUUGAGUCAGUUUUCACACCACUUGAAAUCACCGCAGCUCUCUUCGCCGCGACAAUUCACGACGUGGACCAUCCCGGAUUGACGAACCAGUUUCUCAUCAAUUCGAGUUCGGAGUUGGCUCUGAUGUACAACGACGAAUCGGUCCUGGAGAACCAUCAUUUGGCGGUCGCGUUCAAGCUACUUCAGAACGAGGGCUGUGACAUAUUCGUUAACAUGACAAAGAAGCAGCGACAAACGUUGAGGAAGAUGGUAAUCGACAUGGUCCUGUCGACGGACAUGUCUAAGCACAUGUCGUUGUUGGCUGACCUGAAGACCAUGGUCGAAACGAAGAAGGUGGCCGGUUCCGGAGUGCUGCUGCUCGAUAACUACACGGACAGGAUCCAAGUCCUGGAGAACCUCGUGCACUGCGCAGACCUCUCGAACCCCACGAAGCCGUUGCCGCUGUACCGGAAGUGGGUCGGUCUUCUUAUGGAGGAGUUCUUCCUCCAGGGCGACAGGGAACGCGAUCAAAACAUGGACAUCAGCCCGAUGUGCGACCGGCACAGCGCAACGAUCGAGAAGUCGCAAGUCGGUUUCAUCGACUACAUAGUACAUCCGCUCUGGGAAACGUGGGCGGACCUCGUUCAUCCCGAUGCCCAGGACAUCCUCGACACCCUGGAGGAGAACCGCGAUUGGUAUCAGUCUAUGAUACCUCCCAGUCCGCCACCCGCCGAACAGCAACAACUCGCCUCCGAGCAGCAAUCCGACGAUAGGAUACGGUUUCAAGUGACCCUGGAGGAGGGCGACGAGUCAGGAGAGACGGGCGAGGGUGGUGGUGAGACGGACGAGAACGCCGGCGAAGCUGGGAUGUGACGGAGGCUGGCUGGCAUUUGCAGAAAGCUUCACGUUAAGGUGCAGCAGACUUGGUGGCGGGUGCGCCAGUGACGUCAUCUAUUCCACAAGAACGUUUCAACGAACAUCGAGGUCGCCGAACGCCGCGGUACUUCUGUAUGAUACUGCGUACUGUGCGUCUGAGUACCUGCUAAGGUGCCGACUCUACCGAGGAUAUACUUUUCGUACCGCUAAUUGCGCGGUAUAACCGUCCUCUGACAACUUGCCACCGAUCAGUGGCGAGGAGAAUUUUUUUGAUUGUUUUGCUCGGUUUGUUUUGUUUGUUAGUUUGUUUGUUACUUUGUUUAUUUCAUUUUAUUAUCCUGUACGGCGAAAAUCGACGGCAAGGAUUAUUGCGAUGAAUUCGAGUUCGGGGGGGAGCAAUUUUUUUUGUCUCUUUCUGACAAGUGAAACAAGAGGAAGAAAUCCAACGCUCGAAUAUGUACAAUGACGACACGUCCAAUGGAUCGGGCAAAGUUCAAGGCUUAUUAUUUGAGAAUGCGAACCGCAACGUGAACAAUUUCUAUCGAGUCUCUAUACACGGGAUGGGAAUUGAAGGAGCUGUUGCCGGUGUUUUAUUCCAUCGCUGCCGAGAGCACGCGGAAUUUUAUUUCUCGCACAAUUUUCGCACUCCGCGGUAAAACAGAGGAGGAGUAAACGAAUCUCGAAACGUAUGGAAAUCUUGAAAGAUACGGAUGUACGAGGAAUGCCGUGAGAUUCGUCACACAGUCAAGUGAUGGCGGAGAUCGGAUUGUCGUCACGUCGACGAAGGAACAAGAAGAAACAAGAUGAAGGAGAAGAAGGAGACUCGGCAAAUAAAAUCUUGAGCAAGUUUUUGAAACCUGGGAAAACUUCGUAAAUAGUUGUGAAUCAAAUCCAAAUUCACGGUACACGCAACGAAAAUGUACCGUGAGAAAAAAUCAUGGAAGAUUUUCCUCGUGUUAUGUCAGGCUGAAAGAAGAGGAUUGGAAAAAGGAAUUUGAAUGAAAGUGGAACGCAGCCGGCAGUUGUCAUUGGACAUGGAGGAAGAUAGUUUCGUUGGACAGAGACAGGAUUUCCAAGAACAUAUCAAUCAACAACAGUAUAACAAUUUCGGUAGAUCGUCAGAUCAGAGGGGACGAUGAUUUGAGAUGUUUUUCGCUGAGCUUAGUAAGAGCGCAAUAUUGAAAUUACCGGCAGCUUGCAGAAAUAUGAUAAUUACGAUGUUAAUUAUGCAGAAAUUAAGUGCAAGCGCCUGAUUUUACGAGGAUACGUAAAUCGCAACAAUGUAAGGGCUAGAGAAAAAAAGAGUUGAAAAAAGAAAAAAAUGAUAGGCAACUAUUGCAAGAAUCGUGUUAAUUGUAAAAGAAUAGGAUUGAAAAUUCUACCAUGAGCUUACUAUUACUCUGACUGUUUCUUAAGAAAUCUUAUAGAUAGGCAUGGUAGAUGUCAGUGAAAAUAUAGAAAAUCCGAUUCGCAGUCAUUAUUUCAAAUAUUAGGUGUCGCGUUGCAAAAAAAUCAAACUUUAUAUGUGAAACGAGUGAACCAGCAAAUGGGUAGUUUUAAAUUGUUCAAGUCUCCGUGGGUAACAAAGAAUUAAUGAAGAAUUGUUUGAAAAAGAUGAACGAAUAAUACAUCGUAUCCGACUUGCAGAGAAACGAGUCAGAUUUAAGAAUGAUCCAUGGAACCAUGCGGCCGCGUAAGUUUUUUAAAACGCACAUCAAAUGCAUAUGACGAAGAGAGAAACAAAAGAGUAAAAAAUUGAAGAAAAAAGAAAUACACGAAAACAAUAGACUUAUUGGUUCGUCCUUUGUUUUUCUGAUUCUCUAAUAAUACCCUAACAGUAGACAACAAAGAUAACUAUCUUCAAAGUAAGAUUUUGUCUCCAUUGCUUAUUAGAGUUUAGAAUUGUAAUAAAACAAAGAAAAAAAGUAUAUAAAGAAAGAAAAAAAAAAAAAAAAAAUUCAAAACUAGAAAGACCUAGUAAUAAAAUACUA